AUGGCCCCGCGCAUCAAGCACGACUCGGACAGCGACGACCCCAAACCCGCCCGCAAGCCCACCCCCGCCACCAAGCGCAAGGCCCCCUCGGCCGACGUCGUCACCCUCUCCGACUCGUCCGACAGCGACAACCUCAAGCCCGCCAAGAAGAAGCUCAAGGUCAAGGCCCCGAUCCCCGUCGACUCGGACGAGGACGACGACGACGACCUCAAGCCCGCCAAAAAGCCCGUCAAAAAGGCCGCCGCCGCAUCGUCGUCGUCAAAGCCCAAGCCCAAGGCGUCGACCGCGGCAAAGGGCAAGGGCAAGAAGCGCGACGACGACUACGACGACGACGACUCGAGCGACGACGGCGCCGCCAUGCAGCUCGACGACGACGAGGACGACGACGUCAAGCCCAAGAAGAAGGCCGCCGCGUCGUCGAGCAAGCCCAAAGCGCCCGUCAAGAAGCCCAAGGCCGAGCCCAAGGACAACGACGACGUCAAGCCCGACAAGCCCAAGUGGUCGUUCAAGCCCAAGGCGGGCCCUGUCGCGCCAGGUGCGCCCCCUUUCGCUCCUCUUGCCCGCCUUCUCGGCCUCCCCACUGACUCGCCGGCCAAGAAGUCCUACGUCGUCCUCGGGGCCCAGGGGGGGCCGAAGAAACUCGAGCAGAUCGCCCAGCACAAGAUCAAGACGCUCGACGAGGACGGGUUCCUCCCCCUGAUCGGCAGCCGCAAGAGCGACCCCCACGACCCCCAGAUCGUCCAGGCCAAGAAGAAGGAGGAGCAGAAGGUCAAGGAGGCCGUCAAGGCCAUGAAGGGUCUCGGCAAGGACGCUCCGGAGCACCUGACGCAGCUGUGGACGACCAAGUACGCGCCGCAGCGCAUCGCCGACAUCUGCGGCAACAAGGGCCACGUCGAGAAGCUGCAGCGUUGGCUCGAAGCCUGGCCCAAGUCGCUCGCGUGCAACUUCAAGAAGCCCGGGCCCGACGCCAUGAACUCGCACCGGUGCGUCCUCAUCAGCGGGCCGCCCGGGAUCGGCAAGACGACGUCGGCGCACCUCGUUGCAAAGCUCCUCGGGUACGACGUCCUCGAGCUCAACGCGAGCGACACGCGGAGCAAGAAGAUGCUCGAGGAGGCGUUCCGCAGCAAGACGACCGACACGACGCUCGCGGGCUUUGUCAAGAAGGAGGGCGACGAGGGCGGCGCGUCGGGCCUGUCGGUCAACCGCAAGUCGCUCAUCAUCAUGGACGAGGUCGACGGCAUGUCGGCCGGCGACCGCGGCGGCGUUGGUGCGCUCAACGCCGUCAUCAAGAAGAGCAAGGUGCCCAUCAUCGCCAUCGCCAACGACGCCAAGAGCGUCAAGAUGAAGCCGCUCCUCAACACGACGUUCCAGAUGCUGUUCAAGCGCCCGACGGCGCAGGAGAUCCGCUCGCGCAUCAUGAGCAUCGCGUUCAAGGAGGGCCUCAAGCUCGACGGCAAGGUCGUCGACCAGCUCGUGCAGGGCUCGCAGUCCGACAUCCGCCAGAUCAUCAACAUGCUCGCCACCUACAAGCUCGGCGCGCAGGCCAUCAGCUUCGACCAGGGCAAGGCGCUCGUCCGCAUGAACGAGAAGAACGCGCUCCAGACGCCGUGGACCCUGUUCAGCAAGCUGUUCGGCCCGCAGGCCUUCUCGCCCGUGUCGGGCCUGUCCCUCACCGACAAGCUCGAGGUGUACUUUCAGGACUUCAGCAUCAUGCCGCUCUUCGUUCAGGAGAACUACAUCAAGGGCAAGUUCACGCGUGCGGCGGGCGCGAGCGGCGUCGAGGCGCAGAUCAAGAACCUCGACCUCGUGUGCAAGGCGGCCGAGGCCAUCUCGGACGGCGACUUGGUCGACGCCAUGAUCCACGGGCAGCAGCAGCAGUGGUCGCUCAUGCCCGUCCACGGCAUGCUCUCGUGCGUGAGGCCGGCGAGCCUGUGCUACGGCGGCGGCGGCGGGUUCCCGUCCUUCCCUGCGUGGCUCGGCAAGAACUCGACGCAGAACAAGCUGCAGCGUGCCCUGUCCGAGAUCCAGGUCCGCAUGCGCCUGCGCGUCAGCGGCGACAAGCGCGAGCUGCGCCAGUCGUACCUCCCGACCCUGUUCCCGCGCCUCGUCCAGCCGCUCCAGGACCAAGGCGUCGACGGCGUCGAGGAGGUCAUCGAGCUCAUGGACGAGUACUACCUCGGCCGCGACGAGUGGGACGCCAUCGUCGAGCUCGGCGUUGGCGAGGGCAGGGGCAUGGACGAGGUGCUCAAGAAGAUCCCGGCGCAGACCAAGUCGGCUUUUACCCGCAAGUACAACGCGCAGGACCACCCGAUCCCGUACCACAAGCCCGAGGCCGGCAAGGCCAAGGCCAAGAAGCUCGCGCCGCAGGGUGACGCGCCCGAUCUCGAGGAGGCUUUCGUCGAGGACGAGCUCCCCGAGGGAGACGACGACGAUGCGGGCGACUCGGACUCGAGCGACGUCACCAAGGACAAGCUCGUCAAGGCCAAGAAGCCCAAGGCGGCCAAGAAGGCGCCCGCGAAGGCCAAGGCGCCGACCAAGGGCAAGUAGUGCGAGGGUUGGAGGGGCGAGAAGGGAGGAGGACGGAGGGGGACGGCGGGAGGAUGCUUGACCGUGGCCGCUUGAUGCGGGCAUUUGCCAACGACGCUUUGUCAGUAC